AAAUGAAAUGAUAUCACUACUGUAUCAACACUAAUCUAUUGCAACUGUUCUUUAUUUGCACUAGACCUUAGCCUGGUUCACAUGAGUGAAAUAUGCACAAGCAUAAGACAAAAGGCAAAAGAAAGAAAUGCGACGAAGCGUGCAAAUAAGCAUCGACAUAAAAGCACAAGCAUAAUAAGCACAACACUUGAAGCAUAUAAGCGAAGCUGGAACAAAAGACAUUUGAAAAAGGCAUGAAAGUUGGCUUCGUGAUUUUGACCCCUUAAGGAAAAGAUCUUGAUUGCCAUAAAGAACAGAAGUUUUCCAAGGUUGCCCAAGACGGACUGCCAGAUAUAAAUGCACUUAAAGUGUUGGCAUCGCCUAACGUGGGACUUUGCUCAAUGCAGUGCUUAGGACACCAGGGUUGCCAAUCUGUCGUGUUUCUAACGUCGAAGUCAGAAGGGAACUGCUUGCUCAGCAAUGAGGUGAAUGGCGCCAAAUCAGCAGACAGCACGUCGGUCACUCUUAUCAAGACAAUCCGCGUAGCAACGGUAUGUUUGACAAAUGUGUGUGAGCAUGGCUCCACGUGCACAGACACGUGCACUCCGCCGUACUACUUUUGCAAGUGUUUACCAUCGUAUUUCCAUGGAGAUCGAUGCGAAAUAAACACAAAAUGCGAGAAGACCGUGCCUUGCCGAAACUCAGGAACAUGCUCCCCGAAUGCAGCGGCACCGUUUUAUACUUGUUCCUGCCCAUAUCCAUUCACUGGCACUAAUUGUGAGACGAACAUCAGAUGUCACAAUAACCCAUGUCAUAAUGGAGGCCAUUGUAACACCCAAUCCCAUUCUCCAUAUUAUAACUGCGGGUGUCCAUGGCCGUUCGCGGGAAGUACAUGUGCAUCAAACACACGAUGCAACGGCAAUCCCUGUCAACAUGGUGGGACAUGCCAUACACAAAGCGGCCAUCCAUUUUUCCAUUGUCAUUGUACUACUGGUCGCUGGGGAGACCACUGUGAAAAAAAUCUAUUAAGUUGGUAAAGCAAUGGGAAUUUGACAAGUUUCAAGGAACACUCAAGAGACAUUUCAGUUGCAGAGCAUGAUUUGCUGUACGAUAGAACACUGUACGAUAUUUAAAAUAAUUAACAGUUAUUCUGCGAACUCGAGUCGUAUAUGAGCUGAUAGCCAAGUUGGCUAUCGGCCAUAUACGACGAGAGUGAGCAGAAUAACUGUUUUAUGAUAUACACAAACUUUGUCGCCCUUUCGGUGCAUUUCAGUUG